AUGAUGGAUCUUUGGGUGAACGUGAACUCCAAAUGCAGGAUCGGUCAAAACACUCCAGAUCCAAGCCUUGGCAGGGUCGUUCGUUGGAUUGAACUCCUCAAUCGACGGACUGUUCAAACUGACAUGAAUUUCUUUACACUGAGAGACCAGGUACUGAAGCAUAUCAAUUGCACUCACAUGGGCUCCAACAAUCAAGAUCCUCUUGUCCUUGUAGUCUUUGGACUUUCUGUAGCUCUUUGCGUGUUUGACAUUCUUGUGCUUAAUUGCAUAAUUUGGAAGUCCAUCUAUUUCUGCAAAAAAUGGAAUGUUGAACUUUCCAACAGCAACAACAACAGCGUCAAACUUUUCUUGAUACCAUCUCUCAACACCGUCAACGGUUUGAACAACAGUCAGCACCCAUUUUCCGGUCUUUUCUUCUUUGUACAUUUGCUCAAUCGAAGAUCUGAACCGGAUAUACUUCUUCAAGUCGUUAGUCUCGGCGAACUCCUUGAGAUAGUCAAGAACAUGGUGGUGCAUCACAAAUGGAUUCACGUUACACCCGAUUCCGCUCUUGACAUGUGCUCCUGA